AUGGAUCCCAGGCCUAUCAUUUUCGUUUCACCUCCCGUCCUCGACGAUCUGUCCGACUAUGGCUUCUACUACUUCCCCUGGCUGGACUAUCUGUUCGGAUCCGGGCAGGUUUUCGACGGUCAAUAUAAGUCAUAUCCUGAAGAAGCAGUCUCAGGCCAGGCCAUCAGCAAUCUCCUUCCAAGCAACGUCAUGGUCCCGACCCCUGCUCCGACUCCUGGUUGGAUGUAUCCAGCUAUGACUGUGCCUGCAAUAACGUUCAACGCGAAUAACACCAUCAGCAUGCUGCCAUUCAGCCACGUGGGCAUGGACGACCCUGUCACGACACUGUUCGCGGCGGUUCCUGUGCUGAUGGUUCUUGGCGGCGCGAUAUGGGGUGUUUCUUGGAUGUUCAAGAAGCGCGCCUGGGGUCGAAAGUAG